ACGAGUACAAGAUGGUAAGGCAGUUUACUUUAAUGACGUUAAUCUUCUGACAUUCCUUUUCGAAAUUUCCGUGGCGAGGUGUUUGGAUCGCCGUAUUUAGUAAAUUUUUAAUCUUUAAGCAUGUCGCGGAGAAAGGAUCACGAGGAGACGGAUAAACAGACACGUAUCGCUAUAGUAAGCGAUGACAAAUGUAAACCAAAGCGUUGCCGUCAGGAAUGCAAGAAAUCUUGCCCUGUCGUACGUAUGGGAAAGCUGUGUAUUGAGGUGACACCCACAUCUAAAAUUGCUUCACUUUCGGAGGAACUUUGUAUUGGUUGUGGUAUUUGUGUGAAGAAAUGUCCAUUCGAAGCGAUUACCAUCAUAAACGUACCAAGCAAUUUGGAAAAGCACACAACCCAUCGUUACGGCAAGAAUUCCUUCAAACUCCAUCGUCUCCCAAUUCCUCGACCUGGAGAAGUGCUUGGAUUAGUUGGCCAAAACGGUAUUGGCAAGUCGACAGCUCUAAAGAUCCUCGCUGGAAAACAAAAGCCUAAUUUAGGAAGGUAUAAUGAUCCACCAGACUGGACGGAAAUUUUGGCCUAUUUCCGUGGCUCAGAAUUGCAAAACUACUUUACAAAAAUUUUAGAGGACAAUCUAAAAGCGCUGGUAAAACCGCAAUAUGUUGAUCAAAUUCCAAAAGCGGUGCGCGGAGCAGUUGCCGAGCUACUGGAUAAAAAGGAUGAGCGUAAAAAUCAACAUAAAAUUUGUGAAAUGUUGGAUUUGCUACAUAUACGAGAUCGUGACAUCGCGCAGUUGUCUGGUGGAGAGCUACAACGCUUUGCCAUUGCAAUGGUGUGCAUCCAGGAUGGUGAUAUUUUCAUGUUUGAUGAACCUUCAUCAUAUUUAGAUGUUAAGCAACGUCUAAACGCUGCUUUAACCAUUAGACAUUUACUACAUCCAACAAAGUUUAUUAUUGUGGUAGAGCACGAUUUGUCAGUUUUGGAUUAUCUUUCUGACUUCAUAUGUUGUCUUUACGGUGUACCCGGUGUAUAUGGCGUUGUUACUAUGCCGUUCUCAGUGCGUGAAGGUAUUAACAUAUUCCUCGAUGGUUUUGUGCCAACUGAAAACAUGCGUUUCCGUACAGAGUCGUUGACCUUCAAGGUUUCGGAAUCUGCUACGGAAGAGGAAAUUAAACGUAUGAACCAUUAUAUAUAUCCUGCCAUGAAAAAGACAUUAGGUAAAUUCGAGUUGUCUGUGGAGCAAGGUCACUUCAGCGAUUCGGAAAUUCUCGUGCUCCUGGGUGAAAACGGUACGGGCAAGACGACUUUCAUUAGAAUGUUGGCCGGCAAUUUGCAACCUGACGAGGAGGUGGAUUUACCUGUAUUGAAUAUAUCUUACAAGCCACAGAAAAUAUCACCGAAAUUCCAAAAUUUGGUGCGCCAUUUGCUGCAUGAUAAAAUUCGUGAUGCCUACGUGCAUCCACAAUUCAUUGCUGACGUUAUGAAACCAAUGAAGAUCGAAGAAAUCAUGGAUCAAGAGGUGCAAAAUUUGUCUGGUGGUGAAUUGCAACGAGUUGCUCUGGUUUUGUGUCUAGGUAAACCAGCAGAUGUGUAUCUAAUCGAUGAACCUUCAGCUUAUCUUGAUUCUGAACAACGUUUGGUUGCCGCUAAAGUCAUUAAACGGUUUAUUCUACAUGCGAAACGUACUGGCUUUGUAGUUGAGCACGAUUUCAUUAUGGCUACAUACCUAGCGGAUCGCGUUAUCGUACUAGAAGGUCAACCCUCAGUGAAAACCACGGCUUUCUCACCCCAAUCAUUGUUAAAUGGCAUGAAUAGAUUCUUGGAAUUGUUGGGCAUUACUUUCCGCAGGGAUCCAAACAAUUUCAGACCGCGCAUUAAUAAAAAUAACUCCGUCAAGGAUACUGAACAAAAACGUUCUGGUCAAUUCUUCUUCCUUGAGGACGAUGCUGGCAAUUAAAUGCUUAUGUAAAAUUGAAAAACAACGCAAUUACACUCGGAAAACAUAAAUUAUUCAAACACAUAUUUUAUAUGCAUUCAUAAUUUUUGUAAACAUAAACAAACACAAGCAACGCAAACGACAUAGCUCAACGUUCCAGCGAAAUGUUGGAAUAGCAUAAGUGUUGAUUUCUAUUUUUGUUUUGGUUUUUUUUUUUUUGGGUUAAUAUCAAGUCUUGUAAUGGGUUUUUUUUUUUUUAAAUAAAUUUAGAGCAUUACAGAUUUUUAAGUUGCAAACUAUUUUGUACAAUUUUUUCAAUAGAAAAAUCAAAGAAAAUAUUGUAAUAGAAAAAUAAAUUGUUUACAAGAGAGAAACGAGAGUUGCGUAAAUCAAAA